CAGCGGGAGACCGCGGCACUGCUGUCACCCCGGGGGCCCGUUUCUCACUGCAACCGGAUGAAAGACUUAAAUAACCCUCCUGCCUCACACUCCUUCCCCACCCCCACUGCGCACAGCCACCCACUCAGCUCCAUCCAAACGAGGGUGAGUGGCACGGCGACGCGCUAGCGCCCUUCCCCCGCCACCGACACAGGGCCGACCUACUAGCUAGCGGCCCGGGCGCCACGGGUCCCCAACCUGGGCCGGGACUUCCGCUCUCCACCAAUCAAACACCGCCCCCCACACACACAUACACACACACACACACACACACACACUGUGCCGAAGAUCCUAAGGAGUAGCGAUGUCACUUCCUUGGCGACACCUUUCUCCAACCUCUAGGAUCGAGGAAGGGGCACCAUCGUGCUGCACCAGGGAAAAUUCACACAAUGAAGCUGGUCCUAGCUGGCCGCGACGCCCCUGCAGCUGUGCGCCCCCUCCAUACCCUGGCACUCACCGCGGACUCCCCCCAGCCCAGAGGCGGGCACUGAAGUGGGAGCGCAGAAAAACCGGCCCGCGGAGCCCUACUCUUCGAAAGCUGUUAACAAUAGCACACCGCCCCCUCCGCCCGCCUCCGCGGCCCUUUGUCCCUCACCCCUUCCCCUGCAGCUCUGACCCUUUUCCUCGCCCAGGGACCCCGACCCACCUCCCGGACCACGUAGAGCCCUUCGACUCUCCAAAACCCAGCUGCGUGCUUCAGAAAGAGGGGGAGGGACAAGGAAUGAGACUGCGGAGCUCAGGGAUCCGACCUCCAGCCUGUCCUCAGUCCCCGCCACCAACUCUCCUGCAGCGGCGCGCGCCUCCAGCCGUUCCCACACCGCAAACCACCGCGCUGCCCCGGGCGGCGGCUGUCAGCACUGCCAGACCUACACUCACACAAAGAGAAAGCGAAGGGACUGAACUUGGGCAAAAAUGAAAACUCAGAUCCUCUAAAUGCGGUUAGAAGUGUGUCAGACCCUGCCCACCGCCCCCAGACACGAGUCGUCCCGGCAGUAUCGGGGGCGCACCCGAUCCCGGUGGAAAGGGAGUCAGAAACCGAGAGCGUUUAGGACCGCGCGGAGCUAUCCGGGCAGCCGCCUAGUGCGCUGCGGGGCCGGGGCGACCGAGCCCGCACCUGCCGGCCGCAAGCGCGGGAGGGCUGGGACUCAGGCUGCUAGGCGCACCUAACUGGCCGCCCACGCCACACUCUGGCUGCUCGCGCUGCCAGGCUAGUGGCCGCUUAGGACUCGGACACACUCGCUCUCCCACCCACGGCCGCCCACCUCCUGUUGUUCUGGUACUGAAUGCUAAGCACGGUAGCAGCCCUUAAAGCGGCCAGCUAGAAAAGCACUUUUCUUAAAGUUCUGUCUUCCCUUGCAACAACCAGAAGCUACCUUUACUUCUGGAGUGGUGGGAGAACAGUUACAUUUUAACUUAAUAAUUGUACAGCGAAGAGCUUUUUUUGUUGUUGUUGUUGUUAAGCGGUGAGGGGAAACGGCUAGAGAAAUUUACUAUUUACCGUUUUGGGCUCAGGCUCAGUAAAGAUCAAAAGGAGAAAAAAACUGGGCCUCGAGUAUCUGAAACUAUCCUCAUCUCAGGCCUGAGCCCUUCUCACCUUCUGGCAUCAUCUACAGUCCAACGAAGCUAAACAUGUAGUUUAGAUUGUGCUCCACAUCUGGCAUUAAAGCAUGAGGAAGAAAAAUCA